GGGAAAAAUUUGACGUUUCAAUUUGCAAACCAACAUUUUCUGUUUGAAAUCACUUUGUUUUACUUACGGACGAAAAUAAUUAAAAUUCUUUACAAAUAAAAUACAAACUCUUUAAAAUAGUUAACAAAAUCCAUAAACAAUGGCAUUCCAGAGAAGUUCUAUGCGCUAUGCCCACACCAAUGGUCAUACAAGUCUCACGUACACCGAAAAUGGAGAAUAUAUCAUAACUUGUGGAUCUGAUGGUGAUAUUCGUAAAUGGAAGGGGAUCGAUGAUGAUGAUCCCUCAUCAAAUUGUUUGGGGGAAUUUGUGAUUUGCAUUGCCCACUACGACAAAAGACUUCUGGCUUCUACGGAUCUGAACACUGUCCAGGCUUACACGUUCCCCGAGAUUGAUCGUGAUGGCACAGAAAUGCGCUUUACAGCUGCAGUCACAUGUUUGAAAGUCAAUAAAAAUUUUAUAGCCGCUGGUUCGGAAGAUACAACCAUAAAGGUGACUCUUCGGGGAAAGACUGAAGGAGAAUUCACUCUGGAAGGACAUUCUGGACCCAUUCUAGCCAUCGACUUGGGUGUGAAUGAUCUCUUGGCAUCAGUAGCCGGAGAUGGAUGCUUAAAAAUAUGGAAUCUGACAGAGAAGAAAGAAAUCAAGACGAUUUCUGGGCUUGCCAAGCUCAAGACAUUCGAUGAUGCUAAGUGCUUUGGAACUCCCUCAUUUGAACCACAAACUGGCAGCUGUUUAGCCUAUGUCAGAGGCAAGGAAGUAAUUGUCCUCAACACCAGCACCUGGGAGACCCAGUUCACACUCACAGAUGAUAACAUCACCAGCGAAUACAGCUGCUGUGAGUUCUCAGCCGAUGGUCAGUUCAUUGCAGCUGGCACACGAAUUGGAGAACUCUCAGUCUUUAACUUUUCACGAAAGACAACUGUAAAGUGUGAAACUUCGAACAGUGAAUGUCAUGGCAUCACAGCCCUCGCAUGGAAUCCAAGCAACAACACUGAAGUGGCAUUCUGUGACUCCACCGGUCAGUUGGGCACAAUUGUCUCCGGAGAAAUAGCUUCCAAUGACUUUCUAGAUGAUGUCGCUAUGGAAGAAAAUAGUGUGGACAAUGCUCUUGAUGGAUUUGAAUUCCAGAAUGGCGAUGUCGAAGAAGAAGACGAUGACAAUUGUGUCUCCUUGGAGAAGCUAAAAAAUGAUACAAUGCGUAAAAACGGUUUACAAACCGAUGAAGAAUCUCGAGACUCUAGAGAAUCACGAGCCAGAACUCAUCGUUCGGUUAGUGUUGAGCGUCCAGUUGGAAUUGUGUACAAAAUGCAGCAACCCUUUCAACCUAGUUCCACCCCAAGUGAUCUUGAACACAGAUACCUCGUCUGGAAUAAUGUUGGUAUUGUCCGGGCCCAUUCAGAUGAUGGAGAUGGUUCCAUUGAUGUGGAAUUCCAUGAUGCCAGUGUCCACCAUUCCCUUCAUAUCACAAACUACAAUAAUCACACAAUGGCAAGUUUGAGCUCUGCGGCUUUGGCUCUUUCUGGAGAUUCAUCUACCAAGCUGGUGUGCAUUGCCCUAGCGGCAUCUGGCAACAAGGAAUGGUCCGUAGAAAUGCCAGAUUGUGAAGGUGUAGUCGCUUUGGCCGCGUCAAACAAACUGGUAGCCGUUGCCACAGAUAUGCGUUUCUUGAGAAUUUUCACUGUAAUGGGAACACAAAGGGAAGUUAUUUCUAUUCCCGGACCAGUUCUAGCAAUGGCUGCCUUUCAGGAUCGUCUGAUGGUUUGCUAUCACAAUGGAGCUGCAAGUGAGGAUCAGCAUAUUUCCGCACUGCUUCUGCAAACCAUUGGAUUGACAGUUCGCACGAAGGAGAUUCGUGUUCCACUGCUGACUGCAAGGAAACUGACUUGGAUUGGAUACUCUGACUGUGGUUCGCCAGUAAUGUCGGACACAAUGGGUCUGGUACAGAUGUACAGUAUGAAGACCAAUUGUUGGUAUCCAGUUUGUGAUACCAUGAAACAUAGUCAAAGUGUUUCGAAUAACUUCUUCUUAAUUGAUGUCUCCGAGAGAUCCCAAAUUAUUCAAGCGGUUUUGUGUCGAGGUUGUUCAUAUCCAAUGACAAAUCCCCGACCUAUGAUGACUGAGUUGCCAAUGCAAAUGCCAGUUUGUGACUUGGAAUCGGAGCGAUCAGGUCUCGAGGAGCUUCUGAUUCGGUCUUCUAAUUUUAAUGUUGAAAAUUCUGAGAAAAGUAUCAAAGAAACUGCCAUCAAAUUGUUUGCUAUUGCUUGUCGAGCUGAAAUGGAAGCACGUGCUAAGGAACUAAUUGAAAUGAUUGCAUCGCCAGCUUUAUUGCCAUUGGCUGUGAAAUAUGCAACAAAAUUGGGUAGGAUACAUUUGGCUGAUAAACUAAGCGAACUAUUGCCACAAUUGGAAGAAACGGAAAAAGAGCGAGAAAAUGAAUUACGAGAGAUCGAAUCCGAUGCCCUGGAAAUAAUCCAAAAUAGCCCAUUGAAUGCCAGUCUUCUUCUGGUUCAAGCUGCCAAAAAUUCAUCUCAAAACACAACUCCAAAACUUGCUCCUAAACCAAUGACAUUGAGUAAUCAAAAGCGUAAUCCCUUCAAAAGAACAUCCAUCAGACUCCCAACAGAAACAGACAUUGUUGCUGAACAAUCCAUAGAUUAUGGAUUGAAACAAAUAGAACUGAGAAAACAAUUAGAGGAAAAAGCUAGACGUGAUGAAAUCAAGGCCAAAAAUGCCGAAAUCAAACAGAAGCGUAAAGAAGCCGAACAAAAAUCUCAACAGAAAGAUGUCGCUGAUAGCCAAUCUUCGGUCAUUCCAGACAGCCAAGCGGGCGAUGAAAAUGUUGCCAAAAACCAGAUUCCUCCUGGUACAAAUUUCUUCUCUUGGUUUACCAAAAACAAAAUAAAUUUCGAAAAUGAAAAUCCCAAUUUAACAGGACCAGAAAUUACAAAAUUAGCAAUGCAGCAAUUUAAGGCACUCGGUGGUGGUAAGGCAGCUGCUCCUUCGCCGCCACCGGUGGCAACUUCAGCUAAACGUAAACUUGACACAGAUGGUGCUAAACCAAAAGCCAAAAUUUCGACUUUCGCCAAAUUGGCUAAAUUCGAUUUUAAUAAUUAAGAAACAAAAUGAUUCAUAUUUUAUUGUUGAUUUAUAUGUUUUAUGUUUUAAGUAGAUGUUAAGAAUAUAUGUUUUGUAUUAUUAAUUUAUUAUAAGUCUCGA